ACGGAAGUGACUCGGAUGUCACUUCCGUUUGUUUGUUGUGAUCCGCUAGCGGCGGUUUCUAUGCGAUUCGAAGCGGGACCGUUGAAAUUAUGAAAACAGCGACCACCCAACAUUUAGAGUUGUUCGCGAAUAUAAAUAGGAAAUGCUAAACCCCAUUUAAUUUAUGGAUAUUACAACAAAAAACUGAAUAAUUUGUAAGGAAUUAGCCAGCUAGCUAUGAAGCUACCUGUUGGACAGUGAACUUUUCCAACUAUUCGACGUUAGCUAACUAUAACUAUGUAACUAACUAGUACUGUACAGUAGCUAACUGUUAAUGCAACCACAGACAAGGAGCUCGUUACCAGUAUAUGUCGUGCAACAGUCGACGUUGUUAGCUAGUUAGUACAAUCAUGCAACUAGCUAGCUAACGCCUUAACUGUCCUUGAACUCUUGAGUUCGCUAAUCCUUAAUCUUCGGUAAUACUUAAAUUAUAUGCUCAGUAGUUAGCUGGCAAAAAGCAGAUCACUACUUGUUUGACAAAAGCGAGGUGGCUAACGUUAUCUAGGUACAAAAUGCCUCCGAAGAAGCAGAAAAACCCGUCGGUGAAUAUCUCCAGCUCCCUAGAGGAGUCGGAAGAAUUCAGUCUGGAGACCACGGUGCCUACGGAAGACAUCUCGUCGUCGGACGAACGGGACCGCACCGGGACACAGAAAGUCACCCGACAGCUCCUCGAGAGGAAAGAGCUACUGCACAACUUACAGCUGUUAAAAAUAGAGAUGUCGCAGAAAAAUCUCAUCAUAGAUAACAUGAAAGUGGACCACUUGACAAAGACGGAGGAGCUGGAGGAGAGGCUGAAUGUUGCCCUGCACCAGAAACAAGUUCUGGCUCUGAGACUGGACAGCCAGCUGCAACUCACCCAGGAUGAGAGGAGGAAGCAGCAGGCUCUUAGGAAGCAGGAGAUGGAUGGGAUCCUACUGAGACAGAAGCAGCUGGAGGAGACUAACAGACAGCUGUGUGACAAGGCAGGAGACCUGCGACGCAGCCUCAGGGACCUGGAGCUCACCGAGGACAAAUACAAGGAGCUCCGAGAUAUCCCAGAGGAGAGACUCUCUAUCACUGAAUACGUAGCGGUGUAUUUCUAUGAGGUGGUGAGUCCUCUCAAAGCCCAGCUCUCUGAGCUCCAUGUCAAGAGGAACAGCCUGACAGACGACCUGGAGACUCACAGGACUGAGAUCAAGGCCCUUAUGAAGAGUUACGAGGAGGAGCGCAGGGUGAGGUCAGAGCUGGAGAUCAGGAACCAGAGACUAACUCUGGAGCUGGCUGACACUAAAGGGCUCAUCCAGGAGGGAGACUUCAAGCGGGACAACUACUCUAACGUCAAACGUGAGCGGGAUGCGUUUGAGUGUGAGGUGGGAGAGUUGAGGAAGAGGCUGGAGCUGCUGGAGAUGACUCAUGAGGUCCAGACCAGGGAGAGGAAUGAGCUGAGUCGAGAGGUGUCUACUCUGCAGCAGACGGUGACCCUCCUCCAGAAGGAUAAGGAAUAUGUUCACAGACAGAGCAUGGAGCUGAAUGUGCGCUGUGCCCACCAGGAAGACCGUCUAGAGAGGCUGCAGACCCAGCUGGACGGCGCCCAGAGGGCCAGGGAGGAGGUCUAUCACAAAUACAUUGCUUCUAGAGACCACUACAAGACAGAGUACGAGAAUAAACUUGCUGAGGAGCUGGAGAACAUUCGUCUGAAGACCAGCCAGGAGAUCGACAGCCUGCAGAGGACCUCAAAGGAGAUGUACGAGAGAGAGAACAGGAACCUCCGUGAGACGCGGGACAACGCAGUGCUGGAGAAGGACAGAGCGACGACGGCAGAGAGAGAGACACAGGCCAGAUACGACCAGCUACUAGAACAGUUCCGUGGUGUCCAGACGGGGACAGACAGCCGGGUGGCAGAGCUCCUGAACCAGGUGAAGCUGAAGAGCUUUGAGACAGAGCGCUCUCAGAUGGUACAAGAGGAGACCGCCAGGAACCUGGGACAGUGUCAGAUGGAGACAGAGAAACACCAGAAGAAGCUAGAGGUCAUGACCAAGGAGUUGUACAGGCUUCAGGCGUCCUCAGAGAAGCAGAUAACGGAACUCCAGGCCCAGAAUGCUGAGCAGCAGGCCAGACUACAGACCUACGAGAAACUGGAGCAGGAGCUGGACGAUGUCACCAUGCAGGCUGCUGAAAUUGAUGAUGAGCAGGAAGCAGAGAGAGUUCUGUUCUCCUAUGGUUACGGUGCCAACGUUCCCACAACCGCCAAGAGACGACUCAGGCAGAGUGUCCAUCUGGCCCGUAGACUGUUGCAGCUGGAGAAACAGAACACACUGCUGAGGAGAGAUCUGGAGAGACGCAACGCACACACAGGACAGAUCUCUGAGGAGCUGGAAGCAGCUAACCGUCUCCUACAGCAGGCCCAGCAGCCCUACAGUUACCUGAUCGACACGGUGAGACAGAGAGACACACAGAUACUGUCCCUCAGAGAACGCAUCACACAGCUGGAGGAGGACACCAGAUCUCUGAGGAAAGAGAAGACGUCUCUCCAACAGGUGAAGAACAAUAUGGCCUCCGACCUGGAGCGACUGCUCAACCACCGAGAGGAGUUAUCUGUGAUGAAGCAGGUUCUGCUCAGUAUGAGGUCCAGAAAGACUGAGCCCUUCCUGGAUCCUGACGGGGCUGGGACGGAGCUGGCCUUCAGCAGACCCAAAAACCUCAGCAGGACCACAGAGGAGGAUGAGCAGAACCCUCACAGACACAGACCCAAACCCACCGUGUUCACCAAUAAGGAAGCUCCUGGAUGGUACAGGAAAGUCAAGUUCCCACCUGAAUGACCAAUGGCCUUACAGGUGGUGCAGAUGGGAUUAGUGUGGACACUCCGUACUGGUUUUAUUGACUGUAUUGGUAAUAGUUUAUAUGUGUAUGUUGUGCUGUACUGUUGUAAUCGGUUGGCUUGCUAUGUUUUAUAUAAAAAUCUUUCAAAA